ACAGACACAUAAUAUGAGACUGAAUAGACUAAAGUUCAAAUUUAAAUGAAUACAUAAAUAAAUUGUGAAAAAUAAAACACAACUGCCAUUGUUAUUGCUGCAACACUAAUGUUGUAAUAUAUUAUUAUUAUUUAGUUAUAAAUUGACGAGGAACUGCAAAAAAGAAAAUAAAAAAGGACAGAUUUUUAAAUUAUUAUUAUUAUUAUUUUUUUUUUUUUUUUUUUUUUUUUUAAAUUAUUUUUUUUAAUGAUGUCACUUCUUUUACUCAUCUUUUACUCAUAUGUUGCCCAACUCCGGACUUCCCUCCCUCCAGCUACACUCAUUAACGUCAUAUCUCAAAGGGCGGGACUUAACUUAGAUUUGACCAAUCAGCGUUGUCCAAAACUGACGGUGGAGCAGAAGAUUGGCUGAAAUUCCAGCCUAUCGAGCACCAAUACUUAUUGACAGUUCCGGAUCGACACUUUUUAAUCCUCAAACUCUUCUUCAGAGACGUUUGUGGGUUUAAUGUUGUGUUAAAUCGGAUUUUAGACUUUCUUUCCAGACUUUAAGGAGUUUCUACAGUUGACCUGAGCGCUGUAAUAAAGAAAAAUGUCAAGUUUUUUCCGGAGAGCCUGGUCCUCUGAUGAAAAGCUCAAUGGCAAAACUGUGCUGAUCACAGGUGCCAACACUGGCAUCGGAAAAGAAACUGCCAAAGACCUGGCGAAGAGAGGGGCAAAGAUCAUCAUUGCAUGCAGAGACAUGGAGAAAGCACAGGAGGCCUUGACAGAAAUCAUCGAAACCUCAGGCAACGACAACGUCAAGUGCAUGAAGCUCGACUUGUCUGACACCAAGUCCAUAAGAGAGUUUGCUGAAGCCUUCAACAGAGAUGAGCCAAAACUCAACAUCCUUAUCAACAACGCCGGAGUGAUGGUUUGUCCUUAUGGGAAAACUGCAGACGGCUUUGAGACGCAGAUUGGUGUUAAUCACUUUGGUCAUUUCUUGCUGACACACUUGUUGCUUGACCUGAUUAAAAGAUCGGCACCAGCCAGGAUCCUCACCGUGUCCUCCAUGGCUCACAGCUGGGGUUCCAUCAAUCUAGAGGACAUCAACAGCGAGAAGAGUUACGACAAGAGCAAAGCUUACUCCCAGAGCAAACUGGCUAACGUCCUCUUCUCCCACUCGUUGGCUAAACGACUGGAGGGCACAGGUGUGACAACUUACUCUCUCCAUCCUGGCGUUGUUAAGACCGAUUUGGGGCGUCAUCUGAAUGGCCCUCUGCAGUUCAUCAUGAAGAUAUCCACGCCUUUCAUCAAAACCCCUGUCCAGGGAGCUCAGACGUCAAUCUACUGUGCCGUGGAACCGUCACUGGAGAAUGAGACCGGUCAAUACUACAGUGACUGUGCUCGUACCAGCUGCUCCUCUGCUGGUAAAGACGAUGACGUGGCACAGAAGCUGUGGGAGCUGAGCUGCCAUAUGCUCAACAUAACAUGGGAAUAAACCAACCUGGAAGGAAAAGAAAAUCUUUACAGAGUUUCUCUGCUAACUGAUGCACUGAUAUCAGAUUUCACUUCUACUGCCUUCCAGAAAGUUAUAUAUUUUUCCAACUAAUUUUUUUAUCUAUGUAUGUUUUACAUAAUAACAGUAACUAAUCAAUGUAACUGUAUAUUUUGUACAAAGUUUCUGCUCUUAAUGUAUGCGGUUUACUGUAAGCUUAAAUAGUUUUCUAUUCAUUUUGAUAAAAGCUAUGCAAAGCGUAUUUUAAUGCAAUAAAUGGAAUAAUUCAGGAGUAAACUUGACUGAAUUAGACCAUGUUCUUGUCAAUGUCUUAAAUGAUUUUUUUGUGCCUGUAUUUCCAGAUAGCAAUGUUGUUAAUGUUAUCAAUGCUGCUUGAAUAGAAGAGAAGAGAAGAGAAGAGAAGAGAAGAGAAGAGAAGAGAAGAGAAGAGAAGAGAAGAGAAGAGAAGAGAAGAGAAGAGAAGAGAAGAGAAGAGAAGAGAAGAGAAGAGAAGAGAAGAGAAGAGAAGAGAAGAGAAGAGAAGAGAAAUACUUUAUUGAUCCCGAAGGGGAAAUUUUGUUGAUAAAGUAGCAAGCAGAAAGAGUAAAAUGACCACAACUACAACAGAAAAUUAUAGAAUAGUAAUAGAUUAUAAAAGUAAACUAAUAAAAUAUGUACAAAUUUGAAAAAUGCACUGUAAAGUGUCACAUGUAAACGAUAAAAAUAUACAGCAAAUGAAGAACUUCAAGUCGUGUAAACAACUGAAAUUUUUGGAAACUUUCAUAGCAAACUUUUGUUACUUUGUCUACAGUUUUUCUGGGUUUGUUGUCAGAUAUAUAUUGAGGAUUAACUGCCAUGUAUUGCAAUAAACAUUUAUGAUAAAUUGGA